AUGAGUCGAUCCCUGUUGCGCUCCCUUCUGGAGCUCAGGACACCCGUCACCCGCUUACCGCCUACAUUCCUCCUCCCGAUUCAAGCUAGGAGAUUCAACUCUACGGCGCCGAUCAUCGAGCCCCAGAACACAUCCGUCGCCGAAGAUGCCCCCGCCGCGGCUGCUCCCUCAGGUGCCGUUGCCGCCGAGCCUUCAAUAGCCCAGAAAGCCGUUGCGGCGCAAAAGCCAACGACCCCGUCAGGACCCAUUUCUGAACAAGUAAAGGCGGUUCUACCAUUCCUGGCCGCCCAGCCAAACCACUACAUUACCUUCCACAUCCACGGACGCCCCUACCUCGUCACGCCAGGCGACAGCGUCCGCCUCCCCUUCAAGAUGCCUGGUGUCGUGCCCGGCGAUGUCCUCCGUCUCAACCGAGCGUCCGUCAUCGGUAGCAGAGACUACACCCUCAAGGGCGCGCCAUUCAUCGACGAGCGGCUUUACGAGUGCAGAGCUGUGGUGACGGGUACUGAAAGUGAGCCCAUGCGGUUCAAGGAAAAGACGAAGAGGAGGCAGAGGAAGGUGAAGACGGUCAAGAGCAAGCACCGCUAUACGACACUGGCUAUUAGCGAGCUGAAGAUCAACAGCUCGGAAGAGAUUGAGGUAUAG